GGAGCUGAAAUUGUACCACGGUCGCUAAUUGUUUUUCAGUUCUGAUUAGACACUAGUGUUGAGAUGGCUUUCUGUCAUGAUAGCAUGUACUGAGUCGUGGCCAGUACCAGAUAAGCACAUGAAAUUAUGGUAACAACCGUUAGCUUAUGUUAGCACAGAUGAAAGUUAAAACAAAGACGAUUAGCAAACUGUUAAAGCACACAAAACAUCAUCAUAUCAGAAAUGUUAUGACUCUCCACAAGUUGUCCUUCAGGUCGUUAUCUUUGUAAUAUUUGUGUCUUUUAUCAAAAUGCACUCUGUUCCCCGACACGUAAACAAUCAGCCGGUCGGCCAUGUUGGAUAUACCGGUGAAUCUGACGUCGCAACAGCACACAAUCUGAUUGGUCAGAAGUGGACACACAGAAUGCGAAACUUUAGAAAAAUCGACUGUGAUCCAAAAAAAUAAAUGCAGCACUAGUGCAGGAUGGGAAAAUGUCACUGAUGUGAACGCUUGUAUUGACAGGACACGGGUUCAAAAAAAAUAUUGACGUUCAAAAUAAUUGCACAAAAAAAAAGUCCCGGUGUGAAAGCACCUUUAAACAUGUCUAGAAAUAAUUGUAUAAUAUAAUUCAUAAUAUAUGUAUAAUUCACGGUUAUCAUCUUUUUAAUGAAUCAUUAACACUUGGAAUCAUUCCUAAUCAGUUAUUCUCACUAUGAAUUUGUUCCUCACCCAUACACACUGUUAUUUAGGUUUUUGUUUGCUUGCACAUCACAGCGUUUUGUACACAGAGAGCAAAAUAUCCCUUAAAUCCUCUCCAUGUGCACACAGACUUUGCCAAUAAAUCGGAUUCUGACUGAAAACAAAUAUUUUGAUUAAUUGAUACUUUAAUAUGUGAAUUAUUUUCGCAAUUUUGACCGACAUGCAUUGAAAAAACGUCUCUGUAGCAGCCUGUGUGUGUUCCUGCCUGGAGGAGAGAGUCAGAAAGCAGAGGUGAGAUUUCUGUCGGCGGUCUAAAAAUCCUCCUCCAGCUGAGCUCUCGCAUCCUCCCCUUUAAAGAAGCGCAGUGAUGAGUCGCUGGGAAACAGAGGUUGUGUGUGCUCAUCGUGCUAUUUCUGUGUCAAUUUUGUGUUUGAUUUGAUUAGAUCAUGAAAAAACAGCUUUUGCAUUAAUCGGCUUUGCCGGUAAGCGCAGUUGGACGCUGAGGAGGAGGAGGUUCUUAAAUUCCGGACUGAAGCGCAGAUUUUGUGGCGCAUAUGGAGCUGAAAUCCGAAAUCGCUCAAUUUCAAGGACGCGUGUUUUGUGUUCGGCGUAUGAUUUGUAUUAACAAAUCGGACAAGGACCCACAUCGAUCACCCUGAUCACAGGUUAAAGGACACAUCCUGGCAUGUGUAGACGCGGGUUUUGGUUCUUUUGCGACGCAUGGCGCAGGUUUUCAGUGAGAAUGUGAUCACACAGGAAUCUCUGGUUUCUCGCUCCGCCGCAUCCUCACAAAGUCGCUCAUGAUGCCCAGGGCUUUUCGGAGACUGGUUCAUUUGGUGCUCUUCUGCCCUCUGUCCAAAGGUCUGCAGGUAAGAUGUCAGUCCGCUUCUGUGUCGAUGAAGGAUCCACACAGUCUCCCUGCAUGUUAAUACGAUGUCUGCGCCAUGGCAUUAGUCCAUUUGCAUGUAUUUUAAAAGUGAUAGUGCGGACAAUAUAUUUAUAAAUGCAGAGGUCAAGUGGACAGUUUUUGAUUGUUAUUGUGUAGGCCUCUAUAGGGAAGAGAAAUACAGCAACAACAUUUGAGAGGGAAGCAAUCUAAUAAUAAACGAUAUUUAAAAGCUGCAAUGGGCAAUUUUUAGCUAGUAUACUAUAGAUUAGUAUUAACACAAAUGCUGUUAAAUGACUUUUAAAAAACACAUCAGAUCAUCAGCAACAAAACUGACAAUUCACAAACUUUGAUUUGUAAUUAUCUGUAACUGCAGGGAGGGGGUAGGCAUCAGACCAGAUGGCUGACAGCAGUGUUGUUUUCGUUGACGAUGACGAAAAUAUUUCGUCAACGUCAUCGUCUAUGAAAACAACACUGCAGAGUAUAUGUUUAGCUUUUGACUGACGAAAUGCUCAUGAAUUUUGCAACUCUGUUCGUCGUCCACCACUGACGUUUUCGUCUAGUCUCGGCUCGUCAACGUAAACGCACAUUCGUCUCAUCACAUUUUAGUCAUUUAAGACUUAUUUUUAGCUCGUCGACGUCACGUCUUUGUCGUUGAAAAAAAGGGGUGUUGACUAAAUAUUGACUAAAUAUUUGACUAAUAUUUUAAUAUUAGAAUAGAGCGGAGAGGUACUAAUUUGUCCAGAGGGGGCGCCAAUAUCAACACAAACAAAAAAUUCUUUGCAGGAGCUUCAAAAUAUAAUCGCUCAAAAUGUUAAAUCAUUGACUAGUUUAGAACUUUACUCUUGACAUCUUAGUAAAACAAGCUUUAUAUUGAUCGUGUGAUUAAAGCUGACUGCAAUAAUCAGUAAAUAUAUAUGCAGGUAAUUUGAUAAUUUAUAAUGAAUCCAUAAUGAUACAAUUGAACCCAGGGGGGCAUCUCAGUUGAACAGGAGUACUGCAGUUAUAAUUUGCCAAUAAUAAGCAUCAAAAAGUGAUAAAAGUUCUUUUUUUUAAGUCAGUUAACUAUUCUUGGAAAAUUACUUCAUAUUCUGUUAUUUUUGUAUCAAUUGUUAACAUGAUUAAUUCUCAUCUGCAUUUAAUUCUGCCUCCUCCCUCUCUAGAGUCGUCUUCCAGCCAUCAAGGUCAAAUACCUUCUCCUGGCAUGGCUCGGCAUCCUCAUCGCCAGCUGGGUCAUCUACAUGCAGUAUGCCUCCUACUCUGAACUCUGCCGCGGGCAUGUCUGCCAUAUGGUCAUAGUAAGUUAAGUCUCUCAAUACUAUGACACCCAGUUUCAUAAUUUUAUGUGUGUGGUGAUGCAACCCAAACUCAAGAUGGUAGAAUUUAUGUUUCUGUCCCGCUUACAUAAGCCAUUGAUUGAAUGUGACGUUACUGAGCUGCACGGUGAAUUCAAGAGUAUGAUAUUGAUUGGAACGAUUAGAUUUCGGUAAACAAUCACGUGUUUAAGUAUAAAAAGACACAGGAUGUGCAAACUCGACAAAUUCAAUAUUUGGGGGGAAGCUAUUAUAACACAUCAGUACAGACAUUGAUUUAUUUUCAGCCCGGAGAGGACAAUGCAGUACAGCUUGUUUCAGGGCUGUCUGGCUGAAAAUAGGCUCUUAUACAUUGUGUCUAAAUUCAGGCUGAGGUAUUCACAAUACAGAACAUUUUUUUACAUGGAGUGUGAAGUGCAGUCAGAAGAGCUUAAUUAGUGUUGCAGAGGGCAGAAACAAACCAGCACACACAAGAAAAUAAAGUUCCAGCUUCAGUGGCAUUAAAGGUGCAGUGUGUGAUAUUUACAAACAGACUUGUAAGUUGAAAAUAAUAUCAGUGAUUAUGUUUAAUUACUGUUUAAUCAUCUGGAUAAAAAAAUACUUUUGUUUUUGAGACUUUUACAUCUAACAAAAAGUGGGUCCCCUUCUGUAGAGGCGGCUAUCUUGCUUUGCCUUCUUUCUACCGUGGUUCAGAAUGGACAAACUAGUCACCUUUGAGUAGGGCUGGGCGAUAAAAUGAUAGUGAUAUAGAAAAUUAACUUCCCUCAAUAUCAAUAUGAAACAUGGUCAAUGUCCUUGUCAAUACUCGGCAUACUGCCAUUUUUUGGUAGACUAUAUGAAUAGCCAAUGAAAAGGGGAGUUGCUCCAGGUCCGCUUCGUGCUGAACCAAUCAUGUGCUGAAUUAGAACCUAGAAGCAAACAACUGCGUAGUAGCAGGCUGCAGCUACACUUAGGCCACUUAGGCAUGUUUUUGGGAUGUGGAAGGAAACCAGAUUUACCAGAGUAAACCAACACAGACACAGGGAGAACAUGCAAACUCCACACAGAACGCCCUGGCCCGGAUUAGAAUCCAGGACCUUCUUGCUGUGCUAACCACUACACCACUGUGCCACCUGAAGCAGCAUAAUGUGCACUGCAAAUUAUGUCAAGUGCAUGUUCUAGAAAAGUCAGGGAAUACCUCAAAUCUUUUUCACCACCUGAAGCAGUGCCAUGCGGCAGAGCACGCGCAAUGCAAAAGGUUCCGUUCCAUUCCGCUUCCUUUAGCGCAACGCCUUAUGACAAAAUGUCAAAGAGACACAAAGACCUCACAGAUGCAGUGGCUUAUUAUAUUGCUAAAGACAUGCUACCACUAAGCACUGUUACAUUUCAUUUUUUAUAUUGUGAUUUAUAUCAAUAUCAACUGAUAUGAAAAAAUAUAUUUUGAUAAACUUUUUCCCAUAUAGCCCAGCUCUACCUUUGAGUUUUUUUUAUUAGUGAGUUGCUGUGGGAAACACCCCGUUUGAAGGAUGAGAAAGAGAAUGGUUGUUGUGGUCAAAAGAAUUUGAAGAAUGGAAUAUCCUGCAAAUAACGCAUCAUAUUCUUGACCUUGAAGGCCACUGUAGCUUUACCAAUGAGAGGGGUGAGCAUGGUGGCGUACAAUUGGUCGCUAAAUUUCGAAUUUCUACACACUAAAUCUUAAAUAUGUACCAAAAUUAUACGCAAAACUUGAAAUGAAAGCAAAAGUAUGCAGGAAUUUAAGAGUAGGAGUCUCUAUGUUGUGCUAGUUGGCAAGGAAAGACAUCAAACAGACAUGAAGUAGUUUAAAAACUAGUAAUAAACAGAUUUAAUGCACAAGGCUGUUACAUGUGGUCACCCUCUUCCUACAUACAUGGCCUCUGACUCAAGGAAAGGAAGCUGCCUUUGGUUAAACUCCUCCUGCUGUGAACAGCUGUGUCCGCCUAUGAGACCAGAACAAGCCCGGCUGACAUUUACUGAGACUUCGACAAACAGGAUGGCAGGCACAAUGAAAGAUCAAUGAUGUGACCUCAUUAUAACAAAUAAUCCAAUCUGCACAACAGUGUGAUUCGGGGUUUACAGACUGUUGGCUUCACUGUGAGCCAGUGUAAUAAAUAGAGGUCAAUAUAACUACACAGGCUCAUUUAUUGUCAUGAGAAUUACUGUGCGUUAAAGGCGACACCGGUUUUUGAUCUGUCUGUCACCACCUGAGGGACUUUUUACACUCAUGGCAGCUUUGAACUGGGCUAAGAGGUGCAGCGUGGGUGUGUCUGUAAAUGUGGCUGUCACCUGCUGUUUUGGGUGAAGGAGUAAAGGGAUGGGGGCCGACUCAGUGGUAAACAGUACCCAGUGAAGAACAACACUUGAUCGGUGCAAACAACAACAAAUGACUUCCUCUGUUUGCAUUAAAAGCUUCUAUAUCACACAUACAUAUCCUGAUACCCAGGGAGGGCUGAAUGGUAAAAUCUGAGUAGACUUUUCCUCACAAGCUUCCUGGUAAAAAGUCGGCAUAUAGCCAAAGUAAGGUUAUAUGUGGAUACAGCAGGUAGAGUCUGGAACACCGACUGUGAGUGGGCAGGCUGAGGAGACUUUUCAUGUUGAGCAGAGUUCCUCUACUUUGUAUUUUCUACUGCUCACUGACAGAAACGUCCUCAUGAAAGUUCUGGAGGUAUUCGGUCAGAAGGAGUCACCAUUACUGCAGCUUAACCAAACCAAUUGUUUAAGUCAGUGGUUCUCAAGUCCAAUCUUGGAGCCCACUGUCCUGCAUGUUUUGGAUGUUUCCCUGCUCCAACACACCUGAUUCAAAUGAUCAGCUCGUUAUUAAGCCAUUACAGAGCUUGAUAACGAGCUGAUCAUUUAAAUCAGGUGUGUUGAAGCAGGGAAACAUUCAAAACAUACAGAACAGUGGGCCUCGAGGAUUGGACUUGAGAUCCACUGGUUUAAGUCAUUUAAGUGCAAUCGAAACCUCCCAUUGUUAGGAUCAUGUAUGAGGGGAGAUUACAGAAAAUGUGGGCCUGAUUUUGUCAUUUAGAGCUAAAGCUUGUCACUUAAAAUUCAACUUCUUGGCAGUCUAACUUUUUGUUAAUAGGGGUAACAUUGUUCACUAAAAAUAUUAACUUACAGUUUAUAACCUUUUAAGAUGCUUAUAAGUGUUGAUAAAGCAUAAUUAGCACAUUUAUUUUUGAUUAGACACUUAAAGGCUCUUAGUAGAAACUUGCAAACAGUUUAUAGACCUGUCACAACCAUCAAUGGGUUGUUUGUGAACCUGUAUUAGACUUUUUAAGAGUUAAUUAAAAAUUAAUGAACACAUUUAUUACAAGCUUGUCACAUUUUUAUGUUUAUUGUACAUACAGCAUAUAUAUUAAUAUAGCUGUAUGAGCAAACAUUAUAAACAAACAUUUAUCAUUUCUUAUAAGCCCCUAUAAGCUCUCAUUUGAACUCAGCAUGCAAUCAAAGACCUGUAAUUAGCUUUAAUAUGAUGUUAUUAGACAUGAAUAAGACUAUAAAGGGUUAAGAUUAAUGCCUUGAAAACUAUUUGAGGCUUGCACUUUUUUUUUCUUCCAAUUAAACAGGAUUAUUCUGAAAAGAAACAUGAAACAGCAUUGGUUAGGUAGCUGCAGAGGAUAACACAGUACAUUCCCCUGAAGUAAAGAAGUAAGGACAGGCUACCUUGAGUUUGUACUUAUGCAAAUAAGUUGAGCAUACUGUUUGUGCUUUGAUUCGUCCAGCCGUAUUAAAAAGAAGGCGGGAGCAGAGUGUUUCCCUCAUGUUGCUUCUUUGCAAAUAAUCUCUGCAAAGGCGGAGGGUGAAUGUUCACACACUUGAUCACAGCUCUGAAGUUCUCGAUGCAAACAUGCAAAAUGAUCGCAGACAGGAGCACCUGUUUCCUGUGGUUUUAAGACACAUUCUCUGUUUCUUUUUCUCACAGUGUGAUCACUACAGAAGAGGCAUCAUAUCGGGCUCAUCCUGCAAGGCUUUGUGUGAUCAGAGGACUCUGACUCUGCAGCACUGCAUGUCCACCUCCUCCACGUAUCAGGUUAUUAAAGAGACACACAAACUAACACAAGUUGAAAAUCUUACAUAUAUGAAAAAUGUUGCACUUUUUUUCUUCCUAAAGUGAGAUUAAAUUGGAAACCAUUGGUAGGAUGAAAACUGCAUUUCCCAUGAGCACCAUCACCCACUGUCAUUAAGAAGUAGCUCAUGCUGAAAUGUGCAUAUUUGGAAACAGAUGAAUAGAUAUACGUCUUCUUUUUUGUACUAUGUUUACUUUUUGCAGGAUGCAGCUGUUGUGGUUUUUUAUCUUGCAAAGCCCAGGUUGUAGAGCUUCUCUAUCUAAAACAACACCUUAACAGAAAACCUGAAGUCUUUUUGCUACUCCUGCAUUAUAUCAGCUCUGAGCACAAAAAAACAAAACAAAAGAUUAUCUAAAAAAAAAAAAGAGGAAACUCCUCAGGCUUGCUCAGUUCUUUUUCACAUCCAAACAUCAUCAGCAGAGUUCUGAAAAACUUCUUAAAGAGGAACAACUCAAAAGAAAGAGUUCCCUAAACUCUACACACCCUGGGAAUUAGUAUCUGUAUGCAUUACACUGCCAUGGUGAUGGCCGAAAUAACCUUACAGUUACAUAAGCUGGCUAACAGUAACCAGGGCAAGGUCACUUAUCUAACACAACUGAAAAUCUGGAAGACAAUGUGGUCUGAGUAAUGGGGGCCUCCACCAGCAGACUGCUGUGGCUGAAUCCUUUGUCCUGCAUUAACAGUGUAGGAUUGAGUCCAGCGUCUGUUACCACAGGCUGGUUUUUCUGUCAGACCUGCUUCGGUUGUUGUGGUCUUUUAUUUCCUGUAAACAGAGCCUGUAGUCCUGUCUCAGCGGUAUAUGCUCUCAUCUCUUACUGUGCAUUUUUCUUAUACCUGCAGGUGUACAGUGGGCUGUGGAAGGAGAGGCCUGUUGUAAUAAAGUGCAGUAUUGAGGAUCCAGUGAAGAUUGAAGGCGCUCCAGACUCUGUCCUCAGACAGGAGAUGACUCUAUUCGACAAACCCACUCGGGGAACCUCCAUGGAUGAGUUCAAAGAGAUGCUGCACGGUUUCCUCAAGGUCUUUUUAUCAACAUUUUCAUCAUUCAAGACACCAAAUGACUCACAUUCAUUCAGUCGUUGUAUUCUGACUUGUCAGUCUAAAGGUUCUUACACACCGGGACCGACGCAAAUAUAUGAUGUGAAAUUACGAAAUAUUCGACAGCGAAUUUUGACGCGCCUGACUGUACACAUCAAGCCUGAUGCGAUUUUGCACUUUCCAGGGUGAAAAAAGACACGUUCAGGGUGGAAGCGAGAAGACUGACACAACACCAGACUGACCCAGACUGACUGUUUUUCAGUUCUGAUUAGACACUAGUGUUGAGAUGUCUGUCUGUCAUGAUAGCAUGUACUGAGUCGGGGCCAGUACCAGAUAAGCACAUUAAACUAUGAUCCAUAAAUGUAAGGUAACAACCGAGAACUAAUGGUGCUGUGACAGCAACAUGAUUGAGUUUGAGACAGUGAAAAUACAUAUGAUAUGUUGUAUCUGAACAGGUUAGCUUACGAGCUUAAGUGACUUAGCACAGAUGAAAGUUAAAACAAAGACGUUUAGCAAACUGUUAAAGCUCACAAACCAUCGUCCUAUGAGAAAUCCGACGCUAUGACUCUCCAUAAGUUGUCCUUCAGGUCGUUAUCUUUGUAGUAUUUGUGUCUUUUAUAAAAAAGCACUCUGUUCUCCGACACGUAAACAAUCAGCCGGUCGGCCAUGUUGGAUAUACCGGUGAAUCAGAUGUCGCAACAACACACAAUCUAAUUGGUCAGAAGUGGACACACAGUAUAUGAAACUUUAGAAAAAUCGACCUUGAUCGGAAAAAAAUAAAUGCCGCAAUAUUGCAGGACAGGAAAACGUCGCUGAUGUGAAUGCUUGUAUUGACAGGAUACAGGUUUGAGAAAAAGUACUGACGUCCGAAAUAAUCACACAAAAAAAACGCUCCCAGUGUGAAAGGACCUUAAAGGCUGAAAUGUGUAAGAUGUGUAUUUGGAGCGUGGCAACAGCGUUGAGUACAGGGUUGGGUAUCGUUUGAUUUUGAAAGAUUCCGAUUCCUCAUUCCGAUUCCUGUUCCUAACGAUUCUCUGUUCUGAUUCUUUUAAAAGGCAGGAUACUAAAAAGAAAAAAUGCAUUUGAUUUUUCACAUAAUGUAGAAGCUCAACAGUCACUGAAUUAUAUCCAAAUUAGCAGGAAAUAGACCACAGAGAGGCAAAACAACCUGUUGUGAGCUUGUUGUUUCCUCUAUACUGAGCUCAGCUGACCGGGGCUGCACUACGCUGCUGCUGCGCUCCUAAUACGCAUCCUGUGUGCAAUACCCAGAGCUGCUCUCCGGACAAAUACGGAACACACUCAAUAUGGAUCCUGUAUGUUUUCGGCUGAAGUAUGUGCCCUCUUCUUUUGCAGGCUAACCUCGGUGAGCAGCCGUCUUUGAGCACCUUGGUGGACAGAGUCAUCACCCUUGCUGAUGUCAACCAGGACGGCAAAGUGUCUCUAGCCGAGGCCAAGUCUAUCUGGGCCCUCCUCCAGAUCAAUGAGUUCCUCCUGAUGGUGGCCCUGCAGGAGAAGGAGCACACCGCCAAACUGCUGGGCUUCUGCGGGGACCUUUAUGUGACCGAGCGUGUGGGCCACAACUCCCUCUACAGGUUGGAGAUACCCAGUUACCUGCAGGCUCUUGUCCCUGAGGCCCUAAGCGCCGGCCUGAACCACUGGCUGGCACCGUCCUGGCCUCGUAGGGCGCGGAUCACCAUCGGCCUGUUGGAGUUUGUGGAGGAGGUCUUCCACGGCUCCUACGGGAGUUUCCUAAUAUGUGAUGCCAGCCCUCGCCACGUGGGCUACAAUGCAAAAUAUGACUGCAAGAUGGCCAACCUGCGCAGCGUGGCGUCUGAAGCAGUUGUGAGGGGAUAUUUAAGGGGGCGACGAUGUGAGACGAACGCAGACUGUACUUACGGCCAGGACUGCACGGCCACCUGUGACCGCCUUGUAAAGCAGUGUAACACCGAAGUCGUACAGCCCAACCUUGCGAAGGUUUGCGUGCUGCUACAGGACUAUCUGCUGUUUGGAGCACCCUCAGACCUCAGAGGAGAUCUGGAGAAGCAGCUACGCACCUGUGUGACUCUCAGCGGCCUCGCCAGCCAGAUGGAGGUACAUCAUUCUCUAGUCCUUAACAACCUGAAGACAUUACUCUGGAAGAAAAUCUCUAAUACCCAGUACUCCUGAAAAAAAACAAACAUGUUUUAUCAAAGACAGUGGCUGUUUAUAUAUUUUCACGCUACGCUGACUGUGAAUAACAGGAAACUGUGAAUUGCUGAACACACAAUAUGAAGCAGCAGAUGAUGCAGACUCUCAUAAAGCCUCAUACAAGGCCCGUUAUGCUGUUGUUUUCCAAUGCAUAAUUUGAGAAGCACAUCCAUCUGUUGAGACAUAAUACUCUCAGGGCACUGCCUGUAACUUAAUUUGUAAGAUAAAACAUGAACCUAAUAAGUUAGUUUUUAAACUAGUUUCAUAGAAUAAUCCGUCUAAUCUGAAGCUCAGAGUGAUAUGGUGUGGAAGUUUUUGUACAACUGUCUGUAUAAAAUAAUAAAUAUUGUUCUCUGUGCAUAAAUGAAUCUCAGCCGGACACAAACACUGCACAUGCGAUGAGGAAAGUGGAAUACCAUCACAAGCAUUGAUCCAAUAUCUACAAUUCACACAAAUCAGCCGAAACAAACUGGAGUUAUAAAGGACAAUCAGACAUGAUAUGAAUUCAGUGCACAUGUUAUCCACAAAUAAACUUAUGGAAAUCAAGCAGUUGAGCCUGUUUGUGAAUCUUUGAUGGAUUACUGAGGCAGCAUUAGUAGUGUAACAGUGUGUGCAUGUA